AUGCUGGUGAAAUAUUUUGCACUUGAUUCCAAACAACAAUACCCAGGGCGCCAGGCCUUUUUGUUGGCCCAAGUCCCGGAUGGCUUUUCGCAAGUGAUACCUUUGUCAGACGACACGCUGACAUACAGAUAUUACCCUGGAAAAGGUCUUGAUUCUGCUGCUGCUACUAUGUAUAUUAGUGAUGACACACAAUUUUUACAUCCUAUAUUUGUUGGGUUUGAAAGUGAAGAACCAAUAGACAGUAGCACCGGCGGUGUUGAUGGUAUAUUUGCUAUCAACACUGCAAGUUCUUUUGGUCCUGGGAAGUCAUGUUCCAAGCAGCUUAUUACUGUUCUGAUCAGACUGCUUUCAAUUCCACAAGCAACGUGGAAGUUCUCAAUCAAGUACGAAAAGUUUGGAAACGUAGAUAUAUAUACCAAGCGCGCCUUGUUACUUGUGACCAUUGUCAGAUCAAAGACUGUGGCUAUUAUGAUACCACUUUACCUGUUUUCUUUUAAGAAAGCCUUUGUCUUGUACUUUCGAUUGCUGCUAGGGAGAAAAAAAAUGGAUAUUUGGUACCUUGACAUUGAGGCUGCUUAUUUCAAAGCAAACGUUGAUCGUGACCUUUAUCUAAAAGUCUCUGACGGUGUUAAGACCAAGAAACAAUAA